GCCGCGCUCUGGGGGGCCGCCAUGUCGGCCUCCGCCUGCGUCCUGAUCCUGACAAAGCCAGAGACCGCGGACCGGAGGAGGAGUGUAGGGACGGCUGAACAGGCCAGGUGUCCGCAGAUGGCGGUGUCGGAGCCCGGGGGCAGCGCCGCGGGAUCGGUAACAUUCAAAGAUGUGACUAUGGCCUUUACCAAGAAGGAAUGGGAGCAACUAGAUCCUGCUCAAAAGAGCCUGUACAAGGAUGUGAUGCUGGAGAAUUACAGCAACCUAGCCUCAAUGGGGUAUCAAGCUCUCAAACCACACAUGAUAUCCAAGUUGGGAAAAGAAGAAGAGCCAUGGCUGGGGAAGGGGAAAAGACCCAGACAAGGUGGUCUGAGUGAAAUAGCAAGACCCAAGGGAAUAGGAGCCAAUGGAAAAGAAGUCCAGCAAGAUGAUGACCAGCUAGAGAACCACCAGGAAUCUCAAAACAAACUCCUUAGGGAAGUUGCUUUCAAGAAAACAGCUCUGACUAAGAAAAAGGGCCGUGAAUGUAGUUCAUUGGGGAAAAAAAAUGUGAGUACAAAAUAUGUUCCUUCAAAAAAAAACCUUCUUAAAUUUGAUUCACAUGGAAAGAAUUUAGACUUACCUAGUCAUGUAAGAAAUUACGUAGAAAAGAAACCUGAUGUAGUUAAAGAGCAUACGAAAUCAUUCAGCCAUAGCUUAUCUGAUACAAAGAAAGACAAAAAUCAAACUGGAAAAAAAUGUGAGAAAUUACCCAACCAUAGCUCAUCUAAUAGGCCUGACAAAACUCAAACUGGCAAGAAACAUACUGAACGGGACAAAAUUCAAACUGGAGAAAAACAUAAAGAAUCAUCCAGCCAUAGCUCAUCUCCUACUAAGCGUGACAAAACUCAGAAUAAAGUGAAACCAUAUGAAUGUAAUGAAUGUGGGAAGGUUCUCAGCCACAAACAAGGACUCGUUGACCAUCAGAGAAUUCAUACAGGUGAGAAACCAUAUGAAUGUAAUGAAUGUGGGAUAGCCUUUAGCCAAAAAUCACACCUUGUUGUACACCAGAGAACUCACACUGGAGAAAAACCAUAUGAGUGUAUUCAGUGUGGCAAAGCCCAUGGUCAUAAACAUGCCCUCACUGACCAUCUGAGAGUUCAUACUGGGGAAAAGCCCUAUGAAUGUACUGAAUGUGGGAAAACCUUCAGACAUAGCUCAAACCUUAUUCAACAUGUGAGAUCUCAUACAGGCGAGAAGCCCUAUGAAUGUAAGGAAUGUGGAAAGUCCUUUAGGUAUAACUCAUCUCUUACGGAACAUGUGAGAACUCAUACAGGUGAAAUACCAUAUGAAUGUAAUGAAUGUGGAAAAGCCUUUAAGUAUAGCUCAUCCCUUACUAAACACAUGAGAAUUCAUACAGGUGAGAAACCCUUUCAAUGUAGUGAAUGUGGGAAAGCUUUCAGCAAGAAGUCACACCUCAUUAUACAUCAAAGAACUCAUACUAAAGAGAAACCCUAUAAAUGUAAUGAAUGUGGAAAAGCCUUUGGACAUAGCUCAUCUCUUACUUACCAUAUGAGAACUCAUACAGGUGAAAGUCCUUUUGAAUGCAAUCAAUGUGGGAAAGCUUUCAAGCAAAUUGAAGGUCUUACUCAACAUCAGAGAGUUCAUACUGGGGAGAAACCCUAUGAAUGUAAUGAAUGUGGGAAAGCCUUUACCCAAAAGUCACACCUCAUUGUACAUCAGAGAACUCAUACUGGGGAGAAACCCUAUGAAUGUAAUGAAUGUGGAAAAGCGUUCAAUGCAAAGUCACAACUUGUUAUACAUCAGAGAUCCCACAGUGGAGAGAAACCUUAUGAAUGUAAUGAAUGUGGAAAAGCCUUCAAACAAAAUGCAUCCCUUACUAAACAUAUGAAAACUCAUUCAGAAGAGAAAUCUCAUGAGUGAAAUUAGUGUGGGAAAUCUGAACUAAAGGUUUUAUUUAACCUUAGAAGUAUUCUGUCUUUAAAGAAUGUUAGAAAGCUUUUAACAAGCAGUCAUACCUUGUUACACAUGAGAGAAUUUGAAAAUGAAUCAUCACGUGGAAGAAGUGGAUGGAGAGUUUAAACCUUUUAUAUAAAAUAUUGUUUUAAAAAUUAUUAUAAAUGAUCUAUAUAUUCAGAUUGAAUAUAAAGCUUUUAAAAUUGUUAAUAAUUGAAUAAUCAGAGCACUAGAGAAACAAAUUACAUUUUCUGACAAUUCCUGAGUUGCUUGAGGGUAGUGUACUUAAGCACCACAUAUGAGAAUUGAAUUUGCAUAUCUGUUUAUUGCCAUGUAUAAAUGUGUGUGACCAUUGGUAUGAGUUUCAUCUUUGAUGCUAUCAUGCAGCUCUUUCUUAAUGUCUUUGCUAGUCCCUGCGUCAGCAGAAAACUUUAUAAAAGGGUUAUUAUCUAUGUUAAAAUAAUGUUAACACAAAAUUAAGAGAAAAUAAAAGAAAUCAGCUGAGAACACACAGGUGCUGGUAGGGAAUGCUAUCCAAGGUAUAUUGUUGAGUGAAAACAGGUUGCUCAACUGCGUAUAUAGUUUGUUCCCACUUGUGUACAAAAGUGUGUGUGUGUUUUCCUGUCUGUCUGUGUGUAUGUAUAUAUGUAUGUUUGUAUAUAUACAUAUAUUUAUAUGUGAGUAGAUUCGUUUGAAAAAAUAAAAAAGAAACUUAGUGGUUGCCAUUGGGCACAGGACUACAGGUUGCCAUUGGGGUCUGGGAUGGGAGGGAGACCUCCUUUUUAUUGUAUACUCUUAAAAUUUUAAAAUCAUGUACAUAUCUUAUUUUCACAAUUAAAAUCCGUUUAAUAUGUAUAAAUCAAUACUAAUGAAAAUUUUCACUGAACCCACUCCACGAUGUUAUUUGACAAAGUAAGAAUUUCUAUGCUUAUUCAUGAAUGAGGUUAUGGUAUUAAAUUUGAUAUUGAAUUC